UGAGCAGGAGAAAAGCGCUGAGGCACAGAAAGAGGAGGGACCUUGAGAGUGAGACGGAGAGAGACAGGGAGAGAGGCGGUGUGAGAGCGGCAGAGUAUGUAACGCGAGUGUGAGCGAGAGAGGGGCAGAGAGGGAGAGAGACAGAGGCGGAAGAGUGAUAAACGGCGUUGAGAGGCAGCAGUGUGCAUGUUGUCAGAGGGGGAGAGAGAGAGAGAGAACGAGAGAGGCAGCGUGAUAGAAACACACACAGUGUGUGAGAGUGAGGACAGGCAGAGGUUGUGUGUAGAGCAAGUCAGAGAGAGAGGAAGAGGGAGUGCAAGAGAAAGAGAGAGGCUCAGAGAGAGACAGAGAGGGCGAUCGCUGUUCUGCGCAGUUGUCACACCGAGCAGAGGGCUGCAUUGGGGAUGUAAACUUUAUCGUGGGUGGGAUCAGUGGCUUGCAGCAGCUGCUGUGCGGUGCAGCGUGCAGCAGAAUUACCAUGUGAGUCAGCUGAAGACCGAACACCAGGAUGCAGCACCUCAGGCAUGGGAGAAGCUGGCCGUGGCUCGCCUGCAGAGGGAAGUCGCACGAAGCAAAAGCGAAGGAACAAUGCGACAAAAGCUGAUUCAUGUGCUAGAGGAAGAACGACGCCUGCGAUUGGACAGUGAGAAGCGGCUUCGGGAGGUGACGGACGAGUCGGAGCUGGGCCGAGCACAGAUGGUUUCACUACAGCAACACUUCUCCAGGAUGGAAGAGACAGUGCGGACGCUGCUGCAGAACCAGGGGGUGCUGGAGCAGACAGCCGUGGACACUGUGGACAUCAUGAAGGUCUACAAGGAUAAACUCUCGGAGGAGGUGCAGAAGACGCGUGACAGCCUGGAACAGAACAGCAGCGGUGGCGGCCCACAGCCGUCUUCUGGAGACCCUUUGCUGCCAGACAUCGGCAGCAUCAGCCGAGCGGAAGAGUUUCAGGACCAAACAAAGCUCCUUCUGGAGCGUCUGCGCACCCUAGAGGAGGAAAACUCCGCAUUGGCCAUGGAGAACGAGAGCCAGAGGGAGCAGUAUGAGCACUGUCUGGAUGAGGUUGCCAAUCAAGUUGUGCAGGCACUGCUCACCCAAAAGGAUCUGAGGGAGGAGUGUCUGAAGUUGCGGACCAGAGUGUUUGACCUGGAGCAACAAAACCGGACCAUGAGUGUCCUCUUCCAGCAGCGAGUCCGACCUGCAUCAGACCUGCUCCUGCAGAAACUCCACUCUCGGAUCAUGGAUUUGUCUGCCUCUGAUCUCCUCCUGGAGCCGGAGAGGAGCAAAAGCUUCCUGCUAUCCAGGAACACUGACUCUCCACCUCAUGAUGUCCAACUGAACAGAAAGGCGGGACUUCCUGUGGCCAAGUGUCUGAGCCAGCUGAGUCUGACGGUGCAAGCGCCAGUCUACCCACGCAGCAGCUGUAGCAGCAGUGAGCUGUCCCUGUCUAGCGCCUGCAGUGAAUACUCCAGUGGCUCCUACACCUGGAAUGAAGGACGCUCCUGUGGGAAAAUGUCCUCUCUGACAUGGGAGAAGAGGUUGAGCCUGGGUUCCUCGGCCCCCGGGAACAUCUGCGCCCCCCUGGAAGAGCAGCUCCCCACGAGGAGGAAAGAGAGUCACAUCCUAGAAGGCCUGCGGAAGCUCCAGAGGAGAAAACCAAAAGGCUCCUCAUCCUCCUGGGUCUCCAAGUCGGGCGACAAGGACUGCAUGAACUCUAAUGAGGGUAUCUACUCUCUGGGGAUUAAGAGUGGGAGCAAGGGAAUCUCCAAGCCCACUUAUGUGGGAAGGACCCAUGUCUCAGGGGUGGGGGGCAAAAAGUUUGUGUACGACUCUGAUGAUGCGGACGACGAGUCGCUACACUCGGCGUACUGCAGACGAGACUGCGUCCCCAGUAAGGACGGAGGCUGGAUGUACUUCAGGAAGCUGUCGCACAGCGUCUCGGACAGUGUGUGUAGCUGGGAUGGGCUGCAGGACAGUGGCGUAGUAGGGGAUAGUAACUGCAGCAUGGGUAUGACACACCAGUCCGGCUAUAACUCCAAGGAGCGGCCAGAAAAACUCAAAAGCUUCAUCAACAAUUUCCUCUCCGGGGGGCGGACCUCGGCUGUUCUAAACCCCUCCCUGUUGCACUUUGACAUCAGCCCCACAGAGGCUGAAUGCCCCCUCCACCUCUCAGACACCGACCCUGAGGAUCUGCACACUGAGGUCAGCGACCACUGGCGGCUGUCUGUUUGCCGGACAGCUGAGCAACUGCAGAAGGACAUCAAGAGGCUCUCAAGAGAUUCUGACAAACUGCUUCCCGUACAAUGCUUGAAGAGGGAACCUGGCCGAACUCAGUCUGCUGACGGAAGGCCCAGGCCUUUCAGCCUAAUCAAGGAACACAAGGGGGCUAAAACCCAGUCUGAGGAGAGUAUCAUGGCUGUAUUCGAUGCAGACGGACAGCCCAUUGAACUCAGUGCUCAGCAGUCCUGUUUUGGUACUGGGGCUCGGAAAGAGAUUCCUGGGAGGAAAGAAAAUGGGGUUGCUGAUUAUGCUGCACUGUCGCCUCAUGAUAGGCCCAUUCGUCACAAAGUAGGCAACAAUGGCAGCAUUAGCAGGGAGGGAAGCCCAGAGAGGCUGCAAAUGCAUGCCACUCCAGUACGGAAAUUGAUAAAGCCACCUUCCAAUCGAUCCAACAAAGGCCACUCUGUCCCUCCCAUGAACAAUGCUUCCACCAGCCCCAAGGCCAUCAGCUCAAAGAUCCCCAGCAGCCGGGGGAAAGGAUCUCCACUGAAGGUUUCUAAGGGCUCCAUCACAGAAACAAGCAACAGUGGACCAACCUCCGGAUUUACAGCUCAGGAGUCAAAAUUCCCUUCUUCUCCUCCGGUCAAGAUGUCCAGGUUCAUCAAAGCUCCAGGCUGCACUACAAGCCCCAAGGCAGUAAUCAACAAGCUUCCUGGCAGGAAUGACUGGACAAAGGGCUCCUCAUCUAGUGUCCCAACCGGCUCCCCACACCUCCCAAGAAGGCAUUUGGACCAUGUGGACUACAGGGAACAGCCUACCAGAGACAGAAACUGUGAAGCCAGCAGCAAAACUGAACUCAGGUCCCCGUCUCCUCCCCCGCCCCCUGGCCGCACCACCUCCUUACUUAUCAGACCAAACUACGAUGGGUCACCUCAAGCACUUAAACCAGGGGCUCAACCAUCCACGCCUACAACUGGGAGAGGGCCACCCCCCGAGUUACCACCCCCCCGCCUGUACCAAAUAUGCCAUUUAUUACCACCCCCACCCUACAAGGGCCAAGAUACCAUAGACCUGGACGCAGGCUACGGUACCGCAUUCGCACCUCAGAAACUGUUGGACAAAUCGAGCCAGCAGCACCCUGCUUCAAAUGAGACCCCCUCUAAAGGCACUUCGAAACGGGUCCCCACAAAACUCUACCUCCCCUCCUCAGGGCAUGUGCCUGAGCACCCUGAAAAUGCACAUAAAAGCUCAAAGAAUGUUCCUCCUCCCUCAUACAACUCUCAACGUGGCUCUUCACUUCAAAGCACAUUUACAAGUAAGAAAGGUACCAAUGACAAUAGGCAUUCUAUGUCGUAUAAGACCUCUAGUAGUUUCCCUGUAACUCUGCAGGGCCACCCUCAGUGUCCAACAGAACCUCACAGUAGUAUGACUCAACCUCCCCAGGCUGUAGCAAACCCACCUGUCUUUGGAACUAGCACUCAAAAUUCCACUGAAAAAGCGUCAAAGACACGAAUUCCUAUGGGCUUCAAAGCUUUUGUGAAAUCGCCCCCUUCACUGCAGAAAGGCUCCACCACGAUACCAGGAAAGCAAGAGAAGGAACACAUCAACUCGGUCUCCAAAGAGACUGUGACUUCAAAUGCUUUCAUCCCGUGUGACAGUUUUCAGGCAGUGUAUGUUGAUUCAUUAGCCAUGACUUCCAUCAUAGAGACAAAGGGUGAGGUCCAGUGCAUAAUUCAGGAAGAGGAGGCACACACCUCUGAUUUGGCAGAGCAGGGGGUUGGUGACAAGUCGGAAUGUGACAGUAGACUGUUUAAGAGGUCCAUAUCUGUCACGACCAAACCUCACCUAAAGCCUGUCCUGGGGAUGACUGGGGCGAAAGCUCGCAGCCAGAGCUUCAGCACCCACUACAUGGAAAAACCCAACAUCAGUGUGUUGGACGGACAUGUGAAGAUUCGAACCCAGAUCAUCACCAACUCUGGAGAGAGGGGGAACUCGUUAACAAGGCAGAGCUCGUUUGUUGAGGGCAUACAGAUUCAACCCAGUAGUGGAUCUGGGGAAAGUCCAGUCCAUUGCCCCAGCCACAGGCUGAGCCACUACGGAGGUAUGACAGGCUCAAACAGCCACCAGGGUCUUCCGGGGAGAGCCUCCACAUCGGGAUUCACCGGUGAAGGGCCACGGAGCACCACAAAGGGAGAGAGCGUCACGGCUGCACCUCAAAAAGAAGUGCGAAGCUUACCCCUCGCCGACCGGAUCGGCUUGAAGAACUACCGAAAUCCCAAGAAGGUUGCAUCUCAUCCUCCAUUUGAGUUGCCGGCCUCUCCUGUCUAUAGCCCGGAGGCCACAACAAAGGGUGGGAAAGUGCUCAGCCCCGGAAAACUAGACGCGAAGAGCGUCAAAGUCCAGGCAGGCUGUUCCCAAGGGGAAAUCGAUGAGGGAGAGCAACCAGUGAGCCCCACAGUCUGCACCAUCGAGGAGAAGGUCAUGAUGGGGAUCGAGGAGAAUAUACAGAAAGGUCAGGGUCAAGAGAAGAUAAUAGCACUGGAGACCAAGCAGAAGACCGGCCCGUCUCUAGCUAACUGGUUCGGCCUGCGUAAAAGCAAGCUGCCAGCCUUGAAUGGAAAGAAAUCAGACGCCACCUCCCCGAAAGAGAAAGAUGAGAAAAAAGAGCUGAGGAUCGGAUCUGUGCUGGGAGGCAAACAGAUGAAAUCGGACAAAAAGAAGGAUAAGAAAAAAAUCGACAGCCAGUUCGAAAAGAGUCCAGAGCUGACGCUGUCGGAGAACAAGCUGAGCUCGAUCAUGGAUCAUUGCAAUAUUCAGAUGGGACAAAUAGCCAAUCAGAUCCAGUGUUCUACAACCUACAUUGGGAAAGACCAGUUCAUGAAAGAGCUUCUUGGACGGAGUGUGAGGAAGGGUGACUCCAUAGCUGAAUCUCUCCCUGGCAUCUCCAUCCCCAAGAGAAACAGCGAUAUGAGGGGAGAUAUGGAGAUCUGCUCCGAUACAGCUACCAUCAUUGUGACACAGAAGAUCAGCUUGCAUGGAGAGAAUGAGGAGGAACCCAACCCUGAGACUUCAUGUCAGGACCACAUGAUAGGCUCCAGCUGUCAAAUGAGAACCCUGGACAGCGGGAUUGGCACCUUCCCCCUCCCUGACUCCGUCACCCGGGUCAAUGGGCGCCACAUUCCUAGAUCUGAGUCCAGCCCCGACCGGACAAUGGCGAGCGUUCACAGUCCCACUGAUCCUGACCAGGACCUCCUCUCGGCCUCUGCUGCUCAUUCCCCAUCCCAUGUGACAGUGCCGUCCCUGUCUGAAUCCCAACCACAUGUACCACCCACCAGUGCCCUGGGCCACUCCAUGUCUGACUCUACAGUUACUGGAAGAGGUUGUGGACAGGAAGCCCUGAGCCGCCUCCCCAGACCAUCCACCUCAGAUGUCAUCAGAAGGAAGCAACUGAGUCAGAUAGAGUUAUGCAGCACCAGCCACACAGUCACUACGGAGGCCCACGAGGAACAAGUGGAGAAGAAGAGGAACACUAAGGAUCUAAACUCACCCACUGACAGAGCCCCAAGAGUGUGCACAUACUCAGGCAGCAGCAGUGACACCGAGACAGAGUCUGAUGGGAACACGCUAGGCUCCACCCAAAGCACCCUUACCAACAGAGCAAAGACGAGCAACCAAGUCUACCACGAAGAGAAGACGAUGAAGAGGAACAGUGUGGGAAAGUUCCCGUCAAUCAUGGACUACUAUCAGCAUGAUAUGUUCUCUCACAUAGAGAAGGACGAACACAGGGGCAGUUUCUCCCAAUACCACUUGUUGCACAACCAGUCAUCGCUAGAGGGCAAAGCAGGAGACAGACUAAGCAAAGGGAAUCGAGUGGACAUGACGACAGGCGGCUGCGGAGGGGGGGUCCAGGUCGGCUCCAGAGACGUGUCCUUGGAUUCCCUGAACAAGCUGAACAGCAGUGGGCUGGGGCUGUACCCGGAGACAGAGCUAAGGCCCAGUAGCGGUGACUGCUCCUGUUCCGCAGGGGAGAGAGAAGAGGACUGCUGCAGCAGGGUUGACAACGAGCCCUCGUCGUCCAGCUACUACUCCAACAAGCCCGGGGCAGAGCGUGUGGGUUCUCUCAGCGAUUCGCUUUACGACAGCUUCUCCUCAUGCACCAGUCAAGGCUCCAACGAUGUGUAGAGUAAGAAAGUGGAGGCCGGGGAUGAUUCUGUUGGAGUCUUCUGUUGGAGGCCUCUGCUACUCCCACCAACCGAAGCACUUAGGUCAUAAGGAAGAAAGGGAUGUCAUCGGUGAUGUCAUAAGAUAAGGACGUGAACCCAGACUGUACGGUAUGCAUGACCUCUGAGAUGGACAAUUAAACUAUAGGCUACAACAGUACCACCGUUCAAGGUGUGGAAAGCAAUAUUAGAAAUUGUCAGGCAUUAUAUAUUUUUCCCCGAAGGGGGAAUGUUUUUUUUUAAAUCAUUGCACUGUAAAAAUACUGUACAAAGUUAAGGAAUUCAACUUGAAGACAUAACUAGAGUAAAUACCACCAAAUCCAAAUCAAACCAAUCAGCAAUAUCAUCAGGAGCAACUGAUGAUGCCUAGUAGUGUGAAGCAAUACCUUAAGAAUGAUAAUAUGUGCAAAAAACUAUUACGGUUGUUGGAUGUGGAUAGAUGGUUUUCUCACGGAUCAUUAUUUCUCAAAAUAUUUCUCAAAUGUUUUACUGCCACAGUGUGGUAUGCCACAAUGGCAGGCCUACACACCACAACUACCAUCAUGCAAUACACUGCAACCCAUACCAUACAAUCAUAGCUCCUAAAGCCAUUGUGUCAAACGUGUACGAUUACUAGACUGCUGUGCUAUUUUGAAAGUUGCAUGGCGAACUCAAAUGUGACACACAUUAGACACAUUAUUUUUGAAGUGGCGGAAUUUAUACUUUAUAUUAAGUGACCUAAAUACACGCAUUUGCACAUUUAAUUGAACCACCAGUACUUUGGAAUCUUAAAGAAUAGUAUCCUGCAUAUUGAAUGUACUGGAGUCAAUAUUGACUUUGAGUUGUGGUACAGAUGAGAAAUACAUGAUCGAUACAUGAUCAAUCAUUUCUACCAGCAAGUCAAAACUGUCAAGCUGAUCUUCAACUGCUAUGCAGUGGCUUAAAGGGAUACUUCGGGAUAUUUGGCAAUGAAGCCCUUUAUCUUCUUCCCUAGUCAGAUGAACUCAUGGAUGCCAUUAUCAUGUCUCUGCAUCCAGUAUGAAGGAAGUUAGAGUUAGUUGUGUGAGCUAAUGCUAACUAGUGUUGGCGCAAUGACUGGAAGUAUAUCUACUAGCAUGCUAGCAGUUACCAUAGACUUCCAGUCAUUAUGCUAACACUAUUUAGCAAUGUCCUUCAAACUGCCCGUAGAGACAUAAAAAUGGUAUCCACCAAUUAAUUUGACUCUGGGGAAGUAGAAAAAAUCCUGAAUUAUCCCUUUAAGCAAUCACCGUGCCAUCACCAUUGUACUUGGGUCACUCAGUAUUUCAUGUAAACAUAGAACUGAACUAGUGUCAGAACGGUACUUAUGAAUCAGAAACUUCUGUUGGCUUCAAUAACACAUUUGCGGAGCAAGGUCUAUGCUAGUAGCUCAGGGAAAAUGCAACGCGUAUACCUAGUUACCUUGAAUAUAAGGUUACAACUCAUGGAAAAUACAUUUUUCAUUUUUAAAACGGAAAACAGACAUUUUUUGAAAAGUAAAACCUUCAUGAACUUCAAGAUAACAUAACUGUUGAAACUGUGUCUCUUGUAGCAUCAUAAAACACUCAUUUUUUGUAUAUUUUGUUUGUGUGUUAAAAACUGCAAUUAAAUUAAUAUCAGAAUGGAGCAUUGCUGAGUGGUAUAUGCAAUUUAAAACAUUUAAUAAUUGUGUAAUGUUUGCCAACCAUUCAAACUAUAUAUCUAUUGAUUGAGAACAGUUCAACUUUUCUUGAUCGUUUCCUCGUUUUGUGACUUCCUGUAGUGUUUGUCGAUACAAAAUGUUUUAUUUUGUCGAAUAAAAGCUACUACUGCAACCUUUUAUCACUUUAUCCUAUAACACAUUUGACACGUAGUAGGAAUAAAUCAUCAUGCCAAACGUGCGUAAUUUGAUUCUGGUGCUAAUCAAAAACAGACUGUACGUUUCAUUGUUUGAACAAUUUUCCAUGAAACUGUUAAUAAUAUGUAAGGAGAGUCUUGCUAAGACCAUAGUGUGUAUUUUUCUAGCUGACCAGUAUUUAUAUCCCACUUUUUGUACAUGGAACUGUAUAGUGGUGUUUAAUUGUCCUACUUCACAUCUUCUCUGCUUGAUUGUUCCUUUGUAAGAGAACCUGUUACCAGCAGUGUUAGUUUGGUAAUUACGUGUGCAAUUUUGGCUGUUACAUUAGACUUUUAAUGCUAUAUUUUAUGUAAUAAUUUCCCAGACAAAUAAAAAUAAAUGAUUUCCUAUUUUAAA